CCAAGGAGGGAGAGAGAGAGAGAGAGAGAGAGAGAGGGAGAGGGAGGGAGAGAGGUGCAGUUGAGAGAGACAGCCUCUUAGAGCUGUGAGGCAGAAGUGAUGGAUUCAGCCCACAGAAAAGUGACAGUCUUCUCCUAACGGGCCACAGGCAGUACACAAACCUGCCCUGGACUCUCACCAUUUAUCAGGAAGCUGCCUCCACCAUCCAACUAAAGUUACCAAUUGUCUCUUGAAAGAGUUCCAACUUUUUCAAGUGGAUUUUGGAACAAUCUGCUCAAUGUUUGCCGAAGAGUUUCUGGCAAGUUAAGCUUCUGUUGGGCUAAUGACGGUAUUUUAAUAACAGGCUUUAAAACACCUCUACCUCUCCACUGCUGGAAUGGACUAAGGUGACAAAGAGUGAGUAACUAGACGGGCAGAGCGCAGAAAGGGGGAGAGGUUGCAGCUUUCACACUUGAGAUGACUUUCUACCAGGAGAAACUUCAAUCAGCUCUGCCAGGAGGGCAAGGCAACUGAGGGAGCCUCAUCAAUACUCUGCACUUAUCUCGUUUUGGUGUGUUGGACACAAACUCAUGGAGUCCCCUUCAGUGGUCCUGCUGAGGCUCCUUCUUGUUUAUGGACUAGCCUGUGGUGUUCAGCAGACUCAAGGAAGUCGGUCGGACAGCAGCCAUGCGAGGGACAGGACCCAAGAAUUUGAGAGUAGUGAGGAUGGUCCAGAGAAAGAGUUUCUCUAUGCUGGAAGGAGCAAACGAGCUCCAGCUGACCAGCAGGAGGACAAGUGCUCCUACACUUUCAUUGUGCCUCAACAAAAAGUGACCGGAGCCAUCUGUGUCAACUCCAAGGAGCCGGAGGCUAUGCUGGAGAAUCGGGUCAACAAACAGGAGUUAGAGCUGCUAAAUGUGGAGCUACAGAAACAGAAGAGGCAGAUCGAGACCCUACAGCAGUUGGUAGAGGUGGAUGGAGGUAUUGUCAAUGAGGUCAAGCUUCUCAGGAAGGAGAGCCGAAACAUGAACUCCAGAGUCACUCAGCUGUACAUGCAGCUGCUCCAUGAGAUCAUCAGGAAGAGAGACAAUGCCUUAGAAUUGGCUCAGAUGGAGAACAAGAUCCUGAACCAAACCUCAGAGAUGCAACAGCUCACCAGUCGAUACAAAGAUCUUGAGCACAAGUACCAGCACUUGGCUUCUUUGGCCACAAACCAAUCGACUCUUAUUGCCCUGUUGGAGGAGCAGUGCCAGAGUCGCCCUCCCCCUCGUCAUGUGCCUGUCCUCCAGCCACGGCCUCAGCCACCGCCACCAUCACCACCUCUCAACAAGCCUUACCAGCCGCCUGUGAUGCCACGAAUUAACAAUCCAAUCAGCAAUGAGAUCCAGAGCGACCAAAAAUCUUUACCGCCUGUUCUUCCAACGAUGCCCACUGGCACACACAGCCCCUCCACCACUAACAAGCCCUCUGGUCCAUUUAAGGACUGUCUGCAGGCUCUGGAAGAUGGCCACACUGCCAGCGGCAUGUACCUGUUGAAGCCAGAGAAUGCCAACCGGCUUAUGCAGGUGUGGUGUGACCAGAGACACGAUCCAGGCGGCUGGACCGUGAUCCAGAGGAGGCUGGAUGGCUCUGUCAACUUUUUCCGGAACUGGGAGACAUACAAGCAAGGUUUUGGCAAUAUUGACGGCGAGUACUGGCUGGGGCUGGAGAACAUCUACUGGCUGACUAACCAGGGAAACUACAAACUGCUGGUUACCCUGGAGGACUGGUCAGGCAGAAAGGUGUUUGCAGAGUAUGCCAGCUUCAGAGUGGAGCCUGAGGUGGACUUCUAUAAGCUAAGGGUGGGCCGUUACCAUGGAAACGCUGGAGAUUCCCUCACCUGGCAUAACGGCAAACAGUUCACAACACUGGACAGAGACCACGAUGCAUAUACAGGCAACUGUGCCCACUACCAGAAGGGAGGCUGGUGGUACAACUCAUGCGCCCAUUCAAAUUUGAAUGGAGUUUGGUACAGAGGAGGACACUACCGCAGCCGCUACCAAGAUGGCGUCUACUGGGCUGAGUUCAGAGGAGGAGCCUAUUCACUAAAGAAAGUGAUCAUGAUGAUCCGUCCUAACCCAAACACCUUCCACUAAGCAUCCAAGGAACACAUACUGUACUGUAUCUCUCACUAAACGAAAACCUUUACAGCUCAUAAAAUCCAUGCAAUCUUUAUCUUUUUUUCUUUGAUGGAGGGGCACGAGACCAAGCCAGUUGACAAAGAUAAAGAUGAUGUUGAAAGUGCAAUAUCAAACCAUCAGGCUGAUAUACUGGUACCUUCUGACAACUCAAAGAAUUUGUGCACUUUGUGCAGUGUUAAUCAAUUGUCUGUCCAAUUUUCCCUUUUUCGUAAGACUCAUUAAAGACAUGUACUCAUUGCUCAGGAGUUGUUUUAAACACUGUCUUUGAUCAAACAUAAACCUGCUUAGUUGACAGUGCUCUCAUUUGAUCUGAGUGAGAGAAACAUUAUGACCUAAUCUGAGAUAAUAUAACACAAUACAACAAUUCAGUUAAGUAGCUUUGAGUUAGGAACCCUACAAUAUAUAUUUAGUAUGUAUGUAAAGUUUUUUUUUUUUUUUUUAUUGUUUUUUUUUUUGCCAUAACAAGCCAAUGAGGUUGACACAGGAAAUGUAUCCAGUGACUUUUAAUUUCAUUCUAAACACAUUUUUUAAAUGUGUAAUUUAUAGGUACAGGAACAUUUAUUGACUUGUAAUACAGGGUUGAUAUUCUGGCCAGUUUUGUCAAUAAAAUAUACUAUAGAAAUUGUGCCAUUUUAUUUCCUGACAUAAAACCAAACCUGCUCAUACAAAUACCGGAGUGACAUUAUUAACUGUCUGCUUAUACAACAUUUAAUAAAUCAACUCGCCACCAAAAUUUGAGGAGGUACACCCUCUUCAAAGUUGCUUUUUUUUUUUCUUGAAAAUACUUGUUUUGAAAUCUUGAAUUGUUUGAACAGGUAUCCACCAAUAUGCUUGUAUGAAUCAAGCACUGUAUUUACUGUAUAAAUUUAGUGGUUUGUUGAUGUCAAUAGAUUCAACACUUCGCGUUUGUACAUAAAAGAUAUUUGUAAUAUAAUGUAUUAAAAACCUGUUAUGUCACUAUUAAGAUGCAAUAAAAUAUGUACAGCUUG